AUGCCCACUGUUCACCUGCUGGACUAUGUCGCCGGCAACAUCAGGAGUCUGGUCAACGCCAUCGAGAAGCUCGGCUACGAGGUAGACUGGGUCCGGUCGCCCGAGGAUGUCCCCAGAGCAGAGAAACUGAUCCUCCCCGGUGUCGGCCACUUCGGCCACUGCCUGUCGCAGCUCUCGCAGGCGGGCUACCUCCCGGCCAUCCGGAAACACAUCGAGGAUGGCAAGCCGUUCAUGGGCGUGUGCGUCGGCCUGCAGGCGCUGUUCGAGGGCUCCGUCGAGGACCCCGACGUGCCCGGUCUCGGAGUCAUCAGGGGCUCCCUGACGCGCUUCGAUGACUCGGCCAAGUCGGUCCCGCACAUCGGCUGGAACAGCGCCAGCACGGGCGGCCUGCCCAUGUACGACCUCUCGCCCGAGUCCAAGUACUACUACGUCCACACGUACAAGUUCCCGUACGUCAGGGGCCAGCUCGAGGCGCAGGGCUGGACCGUCGCGACGGGCACGUACGGCUCCGAGACGUUUGUCGGCGCCGUCGCCAAGGGCAACAUCUACGCGACGCAGUUCCACCCGGAAAAGUCUGGCGUCGCCGGCCUGCGGACCCUCCGCGCGUUUGUGACCGGCGCCGGCGCGGCCUCGCUCGGCAAGGCGGUCGACGGGGCGCUGGACGCCGUGGCGCCGGACUUCAAGGACGGCCUCACGCGCCGUGUCAUUGCCUGCCUCGACGUGCGGGCCAACGACCAGGGCGACCUCGUCGUCACAAAGGGCGACCAGUACGACGUCCGCGAAAAGUCGGACGACCGCAAUGUCCGCAACCUGGGCAAGCCCGUCGAGAUGGCCAAGCGGUACUACGAGGACGGCGCCGACGAGGUCACCUUCCUCAACAUCACGUCGUUCCGCGACUGCCCCGUCGCCGACCUGCCCAUGCUCGAGGUCCUCCGCCAGACGUCGCAGACCGUCUUCGUGCCCCUGACCAUCGGCGGCGGCAUCCGCGACACGGUCGACACGGACGGCACCAAGGUGUCUGCGCUCGAGAUCGCCACCAUGUACUUCAAGUCGGGCGCCGACAAGGUGUCCAUCGGCUCCGACGCCGUCAUCGCCGCCGAGGAGUACUACUCGCUCGGCCGCAAGCUCUUCGGCAACACGGCCAUUGAGCAGAUCUCGCGCGCCUACGGCAACCAGGCCGUCGUCGUCAGCGUCGACCCCAAGCGCGUCUACGUGCCCAAGCUCGACGCCACGCGCCACAGCGUCGUCGAGACGCAGUUCCCGGGCCCCAAGGGCGAGGCCUACUGCUGGUACGCCUGCACCAUCAAGGGCGGCCGCGAGACGCGCGACAUGGACGUCGUCGAGCUCGCCCAGGCCGUCGAGGCCAUGGGCUGCGGCGAGCUGCUCCUCAACUGCAUCGACAAGGACGGCUCCAACAGCGGCUUCGACCUCGAGCUCAUCAACCAGGUCAAGGCCGCCGUCAAGAUCCCCGUCAUCGCUUCCAGCGGCGCCGGCAACCCGGGCCACUUCGAGGAGGUGUUUGACAAGACGACGACGGACGCCGCCCUCGGCGCCGGCAUGUUCCACCGCGGCGAGUACACGGUCAAGCAGGUCAAGGACUAUCUGAAGGAAAAUGGGCUGCUGGUGCGGCAGUUUGAGAGCGAUUUGGAUACCACGGCAUAG